GGCGGGACAGGGGGCGGAGCUGAGGGUGAGGAGACAUGGCUGACUUCUUCGUGCCGCACAGUGACAAAGCUGCCUUUGAAACUUGAAGGACCUGGGGGCCAAGGUUCCAGAAGAGUCUCCAUUGACUUCCUGGUUACCUAAUGGCAUAAAAGACCCAUCUAGGUGGAGUCUAGGCCCUUCAAACUUGUCCUCUUGCCCUUCGACUCUCCACAUCCCUUCAGGCUGACCAGACUUCCUGGUGGAGGUAAGAUUUAUUGCCCACAUUAUGCUUGAAGCCAGCUAUAAACUCGGUCUUCUCCUCUUGUGCCAUCAAGUUAUCUCCUUGGAAGGCCAUACUGAAGGACAUUUUGUAGCUGCUGUCUAUGAACAUCGGUCAAUACUGAGUCCGGACUCUACAGCCCUUACAGAUCGAGAGUCAGCAUUGAGACUAAUGAACCAGAACCUAGAUCUGUAUGAAGAGCAGAUAGUGGCUGCGGCAAAGGAGGGUGUGCAGAUUAUUGUCUUUCCAGAAGAUGGGAUUCAUGGAUUCAAUUUCACCAGAGAUUCCAUUUAUCCAUUUCUGGACUUUGUUCCAUCUCUCCAGUCUGGGAAGUGGAACCCGUGCCUGGAACCACAUAAGUUCAGUGACACGGAGGUCUUCCAGCGCUUGAGUUGCAUGGCCAUCAUGGGCCAGAUGUUCCUGGUGGCUAACCUGGGAACCAAACAGCCUUGUAACACCAGUGACCCACGAUGCCCGUCUGAUGGACGAUACCAGUUUAAUACUAACGUUGUGUUCAGCGAUAAUGGCACUUUUGUCGCCAGCUAUCGCAAGCAAAACCUCUAUUUUGAAUAUGCUUUUGAUACUCCUUCUGAAGUUGAUCACAGCACCUUUGAUACACCUUUUGCUGGCAAGUUUGGCAUUUUUACUUGCUUCGAUAUAUUGUUCUUUGAACCUGCUGUGAGCCUUGUGAGAGACUAUGGAGUAAAACAUAUUGUAUUUCCAGCUGCGUGGAUGAAUCAGCUCCCACUCCUGGCAAGUAUUGAAAUUCAACAAGCUUUUGCAGUUGCUUUCAACGUCAAUGUUCUGGCAGCAAAUAUCCACCACCCAUCCUUGGGCAUGACAGGCAGUGGCAUACAUACUCCUUGGAAGUCUUUUUGGUACCAUGAUAUGGAAAGCCCUGAAGGCAAACUGAUAGUAGCCCAGAUAGCUAAAAACCCACCAGAUGUAGACCUCCUGUGGAAUGGCACAAGUAGAAUUUAUGAGUCCCACAGAAAAUUCUCAUCAGAAGAUCCUAACUGUGAGAAUGAUCCGGAUGCUCACUGUAGUGAAUCCUCAAAAUGGAGCCCAAAUAUGCCACCUUUAUUUCACUCUGAGAUGAUGUAUGACAAUUUCACUCUUCUACCUGUUUGGGAAAAUCAAGGCAGCUUGCAGGUCUGUGCCAAUUCCCUCUGUUGUUAUUUGGAUUAUCGGAGGCACAUUUUAUCCAAUGACUUCUAUGCUCUUGGGGUCUUUGAUGGUCUUCAUACAGUACACGGCACGUACUAUGUUCAAGCAUGUGCCCUGGUGAAAUGUGGUGGCCUCCAUUUUGAGACCUGUGGACAGGAGAUAACAAAUGCUGUUGAUACUUUUGACUUUCACCUCUGGGGAAAUUUCAGUACUUCUUUUGUGUUUCCUAUAUUAUUGACUUCCGGAAUGACACUGGAAUUGCCAGGCCAACUGGGCUGGGAAGGCAACUACUACUUCAUGAGGAAAAAUCAGUUGUCUGCGGGCUUAGUGACAGCUGCUUUGUAUGGACGCUGGUAUGACAGGGAUUAGUAGAACUAGUCCAUUGAAUGGGUACUAGGUUUGUGCUCAUGGUCAUAUUCAUCGGUAAAUACAAAAAUCAUCAUCAUUGUUCUGAGCUCAAAGGGACAGACAGACACCAGCUGAGUCCUCGGUCGCUGCUGCAUCUAAUGAUAUAAGCCACAGGAAUGUUUGCCCCUAAUGGCAGAGUCUCCUUUCUGUUCUACCAGGAUGUCACUUGGCACCAUGGAAAGGAAUAGUAUCAUGGGUAGAUCCCCUUGGUUCCAUUUCUUUUAAACAUAAAUUCCAGAGACAGCCUUAAGUAACUCGUGGUCAAUGUCCUUUAAAAGCUACUGACUGUUUAAAACCAAAACAAGCAGCAUUUAGGCUUUUUUUGGUCAUAUUAUUAAUGCCCUCAAACAAAAGUAUUUUAGAAGCUAGAAUGUUUCAUAGAAUAAUGGAUAAAUGUGGAAUGUGCAGCCUUGGUUUCCUAUAGACAUCUUAUACACAGACUAAAGCAGAAGUGCAUUGAGACGCCACACCCAGGGCAAUAGCAGCUGUAUCAGAAAUGGGUGUUUAAAACAUUGUUGAGUAAAAAAGAAAACACAGCAUGAUAGGGCUUCCUCACAUCCUCAUGUUUCUCAGGAAGAAGGAUGUGUGAGGAAAAACCUGACAUGAAAUUUAGAAGUGCAGCAUGUCAAGAUAGCAGAGGACAGCUUGUUUUUCCAGAGUUAAGGCCUAGCAAGCAGGCUGUAUACUGAACUUGGCAUAACAACAAUCCUUUGUGCUCACUCCCUGGCAAAAUGUAUUGCUUUGAUCAGCACCAGGUGUUCUCUGAGGGAUUUAUGAUUUUCAUACUAAUUGAUAACUAACUAUUUAGAUUUGUUGGAGCUUCCCGAUUUCCUAGGGACCGGAGGGCCAGAAGCAGCCAACAUGUUGCAGCAGAAAGCAAUCAAUCAUACCUCUUGACACCAAACAAUUCCUGUGCUUGUAACUGCUAAGUGAGCUGAACCAGGUGUUGCACUCCUGCUCCUGUCACGCUAACUCUGGUUCUGUACCCCGCUGAAUGAUCACAAGGUUUAAUGACCCUUAAGACUUGAGUCAAUUUAGGGCCUUUUCCCACAGGAUCCAAGAGCAUCUGUAUUGUCCCAAAAUGCCUGCACGUGUGGGCCUGCCAUGGGAACUGUUUAUUCAAGACCCAAGAAUGACUGUGUUGGCUCCUGCCUUUUUGUAGUUUUCAGGGUUAAAAACCUUCCCCCUACUACAAGCCACCAAGCCCUCCUUCCCAGGAGGACUUUGGUUUGCAAACCUGUUUUCCUUGCUUUGAAAUUAAACUUCUGUUUGAUUCCUGA